AAUGGAGCUUCAAUUAGAAGCUGAAAAUGAUUGUCCUAAUCAAGGUUCCCAAGGUGAUCCACAUUUACACCAAUCUAUUGUGGAUUCAAAAACUGGACAGCUACAUCAUAUUUGUUAUGAUGUUGUUGGUAAAUCUGACCAAUCAAUUUUUAUUCUAUAUGAUCCAAUCUUAAAGGUCAAGGUCAAAGGAAUUCUUAAAGAUGAUUAUUAUAUCCAUGAGAUCAGGAUAACUGUCGAUAAUCAAGUUAUAAAGAUUAAAACUGUCAAAACAGCAGCAAAGAACUAUGGCGGAAUAAUUGGAGAUAUUGCAAAAAAAUCUUUUAAAGUUUUUCCAUCUGCUCAGAGUGAUACCAGAGUUGUUUUUCAGAUUAUUGAUGAGUAUGUACAAGCAAUUAAGAAGACUAGAUAUGAAAAGAAUUGCUGGUUUAUUCUUCUCAGACAUUUAAUUUCUAAAGAUGAACUCUCCAAAUACAUUUACUAA